UGUCACACAGUUGACACAAGGCAAAAGAAAACAAAUUUCAAGCACAAAUUUGACUGUAUGAUAUCUCUCGUCUUAAGCAAUAGAAAUAGCUCUUUUUUUGUAAAGUUUGUAAAUCUUUUAGUAUGGAUUCCGAACAAAGUGCCGUUGCGAGUGUAGAAAAUCCAUCAACAUCACAAACAGUGACAAGCAAUACAAAUCCAAUUGAAGCAGCACGGCCGAGCAUAUCUCAAGAAUCAAGUGUUGACUGUGAGGAUGAGCAAUCGAUUAGUCGCGAAGACAAUAAAAUGUACAUGGAAAAUUACAAUUACGAUUUUGAUGCAAAUGACACACUGACACAAGAACGAAAUGAAAUCGAAAGAGCGGUGAAAAACAAACAAAUCACACCCGGACGAGCCAAAUUACAAUUGUGGCUGUAUCGUUCCAUGCGCAUUGUUAUGACCGACGGUCGUAUUCUUAUCGGAAUUUUCUUGUGUACGGAUUCCGAUGCAAAUGUGAUUUUGGGUGUUUGUUCGGAAUACACGAAAAGCGGUGGCGAUGAACGCAUGCUGGGACUUGUUAUGGUGCCAGGUCGACACAUUGUUACAAUGCAUCUUGACACACGCACGUGAGAAAAGCAGCUACAGCGAUGGUCGCAAUCGUAUUUUAUAGAAAGAGCUAGAAAGAACGGAUGAUUGAAUUUUUCUGAAAUAAACACUCAAUUUAUUUAUUUUCAAAAGAUAAAA